AAAGCGGGCGCCGCUGCCCAAGCCCAAACCCAUCAAAAACCCUUCCGGCCCCCGAGCCGACCGGAAACCCUACCCAUCCCCCUGCGCCGCCGCCGCCGCCCGCUCCUUCACCUCCUACAUCUUCUCCGGCCGUCUUCCCGAUCCCCUACGUUCGAGCUUAGCUGAGGCAUUAUGGGCAAGUCAAACAAGAAGUCCAGUGUUGGGGCUGCACCUGCUGCUGUCGCAGUUCCAGAGGGGAAAUCUGUAAAGAAGGGGAAGAGGAAUGCAGAAGAUGAGAUCGAGAAGGCCGUGAGUGCCAAGAAGCAAAAGACUGCACCUGAAAAGGCCGUGCCAGUUAAGAAGCAGCCCCCUCCAAAGAAAGUUGAGAGCAGCGACUCUGAGGAGGAUUCUUCAGAUUCUGAAGUGAAGGUGCCGGUUAAGAAGCAGCCCCCUCCAAAGAAAGUUGAGAGCAGCAGCUCUGAGGAUUCUUCGGAUUCUGAAGUGGAGGUGCCAGUUAAGAAGCAGCCCCCUCCAAAGAAAGUUGAGAGCAGCAGCUCUGACUCUGAGGAGGAUUCUUCAGAUUCUGAAGUGGAGGUUAAGGUGCAGCCAAAAAAGGUUAUUCAACCAAAGAAAGGUACACAACUUGCUAAACAGGAGUCCAGUGAUGACAGCAGCUCUGAGAGCUCAGAUGAUGAACCUUCCAAAAAACCAGUUGCCGGUUCAAAGAAGCCAGCUGCCAGUAGUAGCGACAGUGAUGACAGCAGUGACAGUGAUGAUAGCAGUUCUGAUGAGGAACCUGCAAAAAAACCCACUGUCCUUUCAAAGAAGCCUGUCACAGCAGUUAGUAAUGGUUCAAAACAGGUUAAGCAUGAUAGCAGCAGCUCUGACAGUAGCUCAGAUGAGGAUGAAAAACCUGCUGCUAACCUAAAGAAGCCUCCAGUUGCCUCUCUGCAAAAGAAGACCCAAGAAUCUGAUAGCUCUGACAGUGAUUCUGAUGAUGAUGAAUCAGAAGAUGAUAUUCCUGCUAAAGCUCCAGUAGUGGCCAAGAAAAAGGAAGCAUCCAGUGACAGUUCUGAUUCUGAGUCUGAGGAUGAGGAUAAUAAUGCUAAAACAGUACAGCCUGUGAAGGCUGCUGCUCCUAAAAAGAAGGAAGAAUCUAGUGGGAGCUCAGAAUCUGACUCAGAGUCAGAUUCUGAUUCUGAUGAACCUGAAAAACCUACUGUGCCUGGGAAGAGGCCUCUAGCAACAAAUAAGAAGAAUGAAGAAUCCAGCGACGAAUCUGAUGGCAGCUCUGAUGAGAGUUCUGAUGAAAGUGACGAGGAGCCACCACAAAAGAAGUCUAAGGAAACUCCUGUAGACACUACGCAAAAGUCAGCACAUAAUGAGCCCAAAACUCCUGCCAAAAGCCAAAGUCAGGCUACUGGUUCGAAGACUAUUUUUGUUGGGAAUUUAGCUUAUAGUAUAGAGCGUGAACAAGUUAAGGAAUUUUUUGAGGAGGCUGGAGAAGUUGUAGAUAUUCGUUUGUCUACUUUUGAUGAUGGGAGUUUCAAGGGUUAUGGACAUGUUGAAUUUGCUACUGCUGAAGCUGCUCAAAAGGCACUUGAAUUUGGUGGUCGGGACCUGAUGGGGCGUUCUCUAAGGAUUGACCUGGCUGUCGAGAGGGGUGCAUACACUCCUAACAGCGGGAAGGACAACGGUUCAUUCAGGAAGUCUGCUCAAAGGUCAGGCAACACCGUGUUUAUCAAGGGCUUUGACACGUCUGUUGGAGAGGACCAGAUCCGGAGUGCUCUCGAAGAACAUUUUCGCUCAUGUGGAGACAUUACCCGUAUUUCAAUUCCGAAGGAUUAUGACACUGGUGCAAGCAAAGGAAUGGCAUACAUGGAUUUCAAGGACCCGGAUUCCUUGAAUAAAGCAUAUGAGAUGAAUGGAACCUACCUUGGUGACUACAGCUUGUAUGUCGAUGAGGCAAAGCCGAGACCUGAUAACAACAGGGACGGUGGCUUCAGUGGUGGGCGUGGUAGCAGAGGGAGGAGUGACAGGGGGCGUGGUGACAGAGGCCGUGGGCGUGGAUUUGGAGGCCGUGGUGGAAGGGGUGACAGAGGCCGUGGAGGCCGUGGCACGCCUUUCAGACAGACUGCUGGUACCCCUAGUGCAGGAAAGAAGACAACGUUUGGUGAUGACGAUUGAAGAUCCCAUGGCUGGCGAUUAUAGUGAAACCAACUAUAUUGUACCUUUCAUACUUCUGCUAUCUGUUCUCCUUUUGGAGGCUGUAGUGUUUUGUUUGCUUGAUAAUUUUGACAAUUGUAUUGCCAUUUUUAACAUUCGGAGCUAUGAAGUUAUAUCGUAGACGUGAUUUAUAUUUAUAAUAUAUGAGAUCAAGUUCGUAUGA